AUGUUCUCCCUCAGCCAAGGGGACCAUGGCUUCAUCUGGAGGAUGGUGCUUGAGGAGUUGUCAUUUUGAUCAUUUCCAUUGGCUGAGCUGAUGGACUUCAACACUUGGGGGCACACUGCAAAUGGGACAGGUGUGGAAGAAUUCGAUCUUCUUGGCUUCCCAGGCAUGUGGAAUUCUCGGGUCUCCCUUGUGGUGGUAUUUGCACUGAUGUACUCCUUGACAGUAAUAAGCAACACAUGCAUCCUAGCCCUGCGGUGGAUGAACAGCAACCUAUGUACCCCAAUGUACUUCUUCCUCUGUAAUCUCUCCUUUCUGGAGAACUGGUACACUACAGGUGUUGUUCCCAAAGCCAUACGAGUCAUGCUGGGGACUAGCCAGAACACCGCCUUCAGUGUCUGCAUCCUCCAGUCAUUCUUUCUUCUCUCCCUAGGCUCCACUGAAUGUUUUCUCCUGUCUGUCAUGGCCUAUGACUGCUACUUAGCCAUAUGCUACCCCUUGAGAUACAGCUCCCUCAUGAACAGUGUCCUCUCUGCUCGGCUAGCGCUCAGCUCCUGGCUGGGAGGCAUUCUGGCCAUCUUGCUGCUGGCCUUUCUGACAUCCAGGAUGAUGUUCUGUGAGCCAGAUGCCAUCAGUCAUUUCCACUGUGAUAUAGAUUCCUGCCUUGCCCUCUCCUGCAGUGACACGUGGCCCGUGGAGCUAAUGACCUUCCUUGUCUCCAUAAUUGUUGUGGCCUCCUGUGUGGUCACGCUGGUCGCCUAUGUGUACAUCACCUCUUCCAUGCUGAGAAUCCAGUCAGCCCAUGGCCAGAAAAAGGACUUUUUCAUUUACUCUGCCUGUCUUGGUGUCGUCACAAUCUGGUAUGACUCCACCAUGAUCCUGUAUGUCAAGCCAUCAGCCGAGAACCCCCCGGAUCUGAACAAAUUUGUGAUUACUUUUCAUACAGUUGUAAGUCCUUUGUUGAACCCCUUCAUUUACACACGCAGGAACAAAGAAGUGAGGCAAGCUCUGGGGUGGGCUUUCCAGAAAAAGUGA